CUUCGAAUUGGAAACAUGUUAGUACCGUAAGUUUCAAGAAGAAGAAUAAUCAUUUUGGUUAGGUUGUAUCAACGGGAAGUAGUACGGCAUCGGUUUUAUAAAUUAGCGAUAUGCAGGGCUCACAAGAUGAAAAACAACCAGACGAAGAGGCAAAGGUAAAACUCGAGGACAUCAAACCCUCAACUAGUGGCACAGUUACGUUUCCAAGCGAAACAAAAUAUUCGCAUAUUAGAAAUAAAAUAGUUCGAAACCAACAGUUCCAGAAAGCCAAGAAAGCUCAAAAAAAGGCCAAAAAAGAAGAGAAAAAGCAACGGGCGUUAACAGGGCAGCCUAAGCAGGUUCCUCAUACAAUAGACACUUUGAGAAUCAAAGACGAGACUGUAGUUGAUUUAGAGAAGGAAGAGAAUGAAUUGAUUCGACAAGACUUAGACCACGAUGAGUUCAAUGACUAUUACAAACACACAUAUGAGCCGAAAAUACUUAUCAGUUAUGCUGAUAAUCCUAUGAGAAAAACUAGAAUAUUUGGCCGGGAAUUAACCAGAAUUAUUCCAAAUUCAACAGCAUUGUAUAGGAACCGUUCUGGGGUUAAGAAAAUGGUCCGCAGCGCCAUUAAAAAUGAGUAUACCGAUAUUUUAAUAAUUAAUGAAAAUAGAAAGGAACCUGACGGUCUUUUGGUUAUACAUCUUCCAAAUGGGCCGACUGCACAUUUUAAACUUACUAAUGUGAGAAUAACUACCGAAUUGAGAAAAAAUCAUAAAGAUAUUACAGCCCACAGACCAGAAGUUAUAUUAAAUAACUUUACUACGAGAUUGGGUUGGACUGUUGCAAGAAUGUUGGGAGCUUUGUUUCACUAUGAUUCAGAGUUUGUAGGUCAAAGAGCUGUUACUUUUCACAAUCAGCGCGAUUUUAUUUUCUUUAGACACUAUAGGUAUGGUUUUGAUGCGGAAGGUAAAAGAGCCAGAUUAAAAGAACUGGGACCAAGAUUUACAUUAAAAUUAAAGUCUCUGCAAAAAGGUACUUUUGAUAGCAAAUUUGGACAGUACGAAUGGAUAAAAGAUGGUAGAAGACACACGAUGGAGGCCGCUGGUAGAAGAAAAUUCGAUUUAUAA